AGUAACUACCUUGUGUUUAUGGCAGAGCUGUUCUGGUGGUGUGAAGUGGUCAAACCCUCUUUUGUUCAGCCUCGAACACUUGAAACCAAAGUAUCUGACCCAGUCCAGUCAACAAAAAUGGCUCCAAUAACCAAACACAACCUGAUCCACAGGCCAACCAGCCCUGACCAGCAAAGGUCUCAACCAGACACUGCCAAAUCAGCAGUGAUAAAGAGGUCCAACUCUCUGUCAUACGUGGAUGGGUGUGUGGGGACGUGGCCCAAAGAGAAACGGUCUUCAGCCCAUGGUAUCUCAUUUGAAAUUCCAUUUGAUGAUGAUGUGGCUUGCCCGUCAGGUCGUGGGCUAAGUCGGUCUUCAAGCUCAGAUGGCCUGGGGUUCAAAGUUCACCAAGCGGCACGGGGCAUGCGCAGGAACCUCUCCUUCCAACCCGUUAAUGGGAGCACUCACCCGUUGCAUGAGGAAGGAGAUGAUGAAGCAGCAUCACGCAACUGUUCCAUGAGGCCUCGUGUUAGGACUGAAUCUAGGUAUUCUAAUGGUAUACUUCCGGAGGACUCUGGUCCCCAGCCUCUGACCCCCACUAUGGAGGAAGCUCUAAAGAUCAUACAUGACUCUGAGCGUCCCCACAGCAGCCUACAGCCCCCUGGUGGGGAAAUUGCCUUCUUCCUGCAUAGCCCUGACUCCUGUGACCAUGGUGCCACUGACCCUAACUCCAGCACGCAAGAACCUGAGGACAGUCUGUCUAAGGCCCGUGCCGACGACGCAGAGCUAAACUCCACGUCCACAGAAAUAGACACGGGAAUUCACGUGCGCACAGAGGACAUUCAGGAUGGGCAAGAUGAAGACUCGUCCUUGAAGGACUACUCUGACAUGGACCAAGACUACGAGGCACGUUCAUGUCCAUUACCUGACACUGGCGGUGGUUUUAGCCCUGUGCCGAGCCUGCUGGGGGCUCGCUCGCUGGCCACAAGCUCCACCUCUUCCAUUGGCUCUGCUUCUGCAGUGCGCAUGACCAGCUUUGCUGAGCAGAAGUUCCGCAAGCUGAACCAUGCCGAUGGCCGGAGUGGCGGGAACACUCCAGAAAGUGACAUAGGCAUUUCCCCCAAUGCAGCAAUGGCAAGGUCCGUUACGCCUGAUGCCCGAAGUCCCGGUCGGGUCACCUCGCCCCGCGACCCAUCCAGCUUGUUGGUGUCAGAGAUGGUACAACUGAAGAUGAAGCUGGAGGAGAAGCGGCGAGCCAUAGAAGCCCAGAAGAAGAAAGUGGAAGCUGCCUUCACACGUCACCGGCAACGGAUGGGCCGCACGGCCUUCCUCAAUGUUGUCCGCCGCAAAGGAGCCACUUCGCCACUAGGAGGUGACACCAGUAGUGGUGGUAGUCCUGAUGAAGGUGAAAAGAAAAGCACAGAGGCAAGAAUUUUGAAAUAUGAUGAGAGCGGUUCGAGAUUAGAGAGGUGCAAGCCGGACGGGGCACCCCUGAGAUCGACGCUGGAGGAGGGAGGAGCUGCAGAGGUGGCGGAUUUAUCAGAAUACACACGAUCCAUUGAGCGUCUGAACACAUCUCUGAGUUUCUUGCAGACGGAGAUGCAGCGGCUGGCACAGCAGCAGGAGCGCAUCAUGCGCCUUCGAGACCAACAAAGCUGGGUGAUCUCCCCUCCACACACGCAGCCGCAAUCGCAAAUGCAGCCAUCGCCAAGGAAACACCCACUGCGUAGCAGUAGUGCUGUGGGCCGUGGAUCCGUGGGCUCCCUGUCCCCAAACCUUUCCUCCACAGGGUCGCCUCGAACCACCCAACGCUCACCUGCCCCUAUAAAACGUAAGUCAGCUUCAUUCCAUGCUCGGACACCCCGUACCCCGCGGCCCAACGAGCUGAAGGUCACUCCCUUUAGCCGGAUGCUGAACACACCACAGUCAGUAGACAGUCUUCCCAGGCUGCGGCGAUUCUCUCCAAGCCAAACACAAACUAGCUCAUUCGCGUACCUGGGACACGAUGAGGGACCUACAAACAAAGACCGUGCAAAUAAAGAGAGGAAAGCAGUGCCACAGGCUAAAGACGAGCAACCUGAAGCAAACACUGAUGCAGACGAGAUCGCAGCAAACACUCUGUCCAGUCAAGCGAAAGAGAGAGAGGAGGAGGUGAAGGAGGAGAGAAAAGAUAAAAAGAUGGGUGAGGCAGGGUCAGCUGAGGAAGCCAGAUUCGUUAAGGCAAUGACAGUGUCACAGGUUCACUCUCGGCCAGUAACAGAGAGCUUGGCAGGGACGACGGAGGCAGGCCCAGUGGAGGCUCAUGUCCAGGGUAAGAAGGAUCUGAUCGAGGUGCCCCUCUCUGUGCUGAAGCCUCUCGAUGACGAGAAAGUAACAGAGAGUGGGACGGACGCACAAGAUCCAGAUCAGAAGAUGUGUUGUGGAUUCUUCUACAGGGAUGACCAGAAAGGUGAGGAAGACAUUGCGCAGAAGAGGGCGGCUCUGCUGGAGAAGAGGCUGAGGAGAGAGAAAGAGACGCAGAUGAAAAAACAACAGCAGGAGCAAGAGAUGGAGCAGAAGAAGGAAGUGGCAAAAUUGAAAGCAGAGGAGGAACGUCAGAAGAAAGAGGAAGAGAAGGCGAGACGAGAGUUUAUCAAAAAUGAAUAUUUGAGGAGGAAGCAGCUGAAACUGAUGGAGGACAUGGACAGUGUCAUCAGGCCCCGCACCCCAAGCGUCAAGCAAAAGAAGCCCCGGCCCAAGUCUAUGCACAGAGACAUUAUGGAGUCUCCCAAACCCCCUACACGGACAAACACAGGAUCUCGACCUCGCGGAUUCUCUGUCUCCAGCAUAUCACUUGCCUCACUUAACCUGGCGGACAAUGAGAGUGUCCAGUCAGACAAGAGAACGUCCAGGCCAGAAUCUGCAGAAGGUCAGUUGUCUCCAUGUCCGUCAGUAAACAGGAAUGGGGAGAACUGGGAGAAUGAAUCAACGACAUCAUCAGCAGCAUCCAACACAGAAUACACAGGGCCGAAACUUUACAAGGAGCCCAGUGCCAAGUCUAACAAGUACAUCAUCCAGAACGCUCUGGCCCACUGCUGCCUGGCAGGCAAAGUCAACGAGGGACAGAAGAACAAGAUACUGGAGGAAAUGGAGAAGACGGAAUCUAACAACUUCCUGAUCCUGUUCCGGGAUUCGGGUUGCCAGUUCCGUGCGCUCUACACGUACUACCCGGAGACACAGGAGAUCAGCAAGCUGGCAGGCAUUGGCCCGAAAGCCAUCACGCCUAAGAUGAUCGAGAACUUGUACAAAUACAGCUCAGAUAAGAAGCAGUUCUGCCACAUCCCUGCCAAGACCAUGUCCGCUAGCAUCGACGCCAUCACCAUCUACAGCCACCUCUGGCAGUACAAGAAACAGAGUACGCCCAAAAAACUGCUCAAAUGAGCCCCGCAGAGAGCAACCAGACACUCACUACACACCUCACUGGAGUUCCGAUGAGGAUUUUGGACACUUUUGCGCCAUCAUCGUUUAGCUUGUUCCUCCAAGAGUGACAGGAAUUACAGGAUUACGGAAGAGUUCCAAUGUUACGCACAGCUUGAAUGUCAAGAUUAAAAGAUGGAUUUUGAGGUCCAUGUCAUGCAGCGAACAUAACGUCAAUAUUAGCUGGCACACAUGGUUCAUCUGUCUGCAUGUGGUGUGUGCGUGUGUGUGUGUGUACACGUGUGUGUAUGUGUGCGUGUGCCAAAUAUAAAGGUUGUAGCAUUUGUUCCUGAGAAACAAAAAAGCAGCAUAGGUUGCUCACCUUUGUUCUUAUUUUAAACACUUUAAACUUUCGUGGCCUUACGCUUGUCUUGUUUCAACAUUUAUGCCUGCUUUUUAAUGACCCACAGUGCACUCUUGAGUUUUAUGAACAAGCCAAUGAUUUAUUUAGGGCUAAUUGAGAUUUGUGCACAUGAUCAUGAGACAGAGAAGAUAUGUUGAGGCCUAUUUUUCAGAUAUGAAGUAGCCUGGGUCUAAAUUGCAAUGCCAAUGUUAUUUCAUCAUUAAACAGCCUGUGUAGUCUAUGCUGAGGGAACAGCCCAGACACCAGAGCUACGUUCACAUUACAAACCUUAAUUAAUUCAGAUUUAUUGCUCAUAUGCAAUCUUUCUGCCUUGUCAGUUAACAUUCCCAUGUUUAAGUGACCCAUAUCUGUGCCCUGAAAAGAACUGCAUGCACACAUCCUAAUCAACUUCGCAAGAAUCAAACCUCAUGAACAAACUAGAAGUACAAGCCUUUUAUCACAAACAGUAUUUGCUCUGAACAGCUCUCAGCUGUUCAUGAUUAGGACGAGAUGCAUUAAAGUCAACCUGAAAUCGAAACUGACUUUCUUUUCCCCUGUUUACUAUUAAAAGACAAAAUUCAAAAUCUUCCUUCAAAAUGCACUGACGUCUACCCUCCUUGAAAAUGUUUUCUGAGUUUUGCUUAUGUCAACAUGCACCAUCAGGCCUGGACAAAUAAUAUCAACUGCUCCCACCACACCCACCUAUCAUCAAAUGAAAACACUAGUGCGGAGACCCCUAAUACCACUUAAUAUCACUCAGAAGUAUGUCACAAACUAAAUAUAGUAUGAUUCCUGAUUCACCUUGGCUUCGGUGCUUUUUCAUUGUUCUCAUUAGGAUGGACCACAAAUCCAAUCUAGGACCAUAUAUGAAAGGCUGCGUUCAGACUACAGGUAAAAUUGGUCUUAAAUCUAAUCUUUUACUCUUAUAUGUUUCAUAUGUGUAUUUUGUAUAUCAGUGUGUACAGCAAAAAAUACAAUGAAUCUGAUGUUUCCAGUUCAAAUUUGGGCCACUUUCAUAUGUGGUACUGAAAUCUGAUGCAUAUACAGUAUAAAGCAAUGUAACCUCUAUCUGAACAGUCAGAUUGGAAUUGAUGUGACUUUUCCGUUAAUCUAUCUCAAUCCUCAUCAUAAUUUCGUGUUCACUAAAACAGGCCCAUGAUGGCAACAUCAUCAAAACAUCUAUUCCUAUAGUUACACUUCACAUCUUUAGUUUUGGAGGAUGAGCGAGGUGAGCGUGGGCAUUGUAAACAAAUACACACGGUGCUUUCUAAAUCAAACAAACAGAACCAAACCAACCAAACAAAACCAGAUUUGAGCAGUAAAUCGGAUUCGGGCCACUUUUAGCUGCAGUCUGAAUGUAGCCAAAGUGACUCAGAUCUUUUAAACAAUUACACUACUCUGAAAACAUCGGAUCCGGGAUUAUAAUGAUUGAUGAUUCAAAAUUGGAUUUGUGCCACCUUUCACAUGUUCUUCUAGAUCAGAUACAUAUCUGAUAUAUGGCUGUACUGAAAACAUUUGGAUUGGAAUAGAUGAAGUACUACGACCGUUGUCCUUAUCCAGUGUCAACUAAAAAGGGCUAAUGAUGAAUAAAUGUAUACAUGCAGACUCAGUUAUUCACACUAGAGACAAAGACGGGUCUCUUAGGCUUCAUUUACUUUUCAGGGCAAAUCAGAUUUGUUUCUUGUAUCUGACUUUAUUGACCGCGUCUUUCAAGUUAUAAGUGACCAAAUCUGAUUUGUACAUUCAGGCUGUAGUUGCAUUUGUUCACAUUGGUUGUGACACAUGCUGACUAACACCUAACACUGAUAACUAGCUGUUAGACAUCUGUUCACAACAGAUCUACAGAGUAAAAAAUGUUCCCUAAAUUGCUGCCAAAACCUUCUGCUCUCCCUGUUUAAUCUGUUAUAUGUGAAUAUGCACAGCUGCCUUUCUUGAUGUACAUUCUGACAUCUGAACAGCCUCACUCAAAAAAAACGCAUGAAAUCCGUCUGAACCGUCUAACUGAGUCACACAUCCAGAAAUCAGAUUUGAUGCCGCCUACAAAUGUGGCUUGAAUUCGAUUUGAAAAAGUCUGUUUUCGUGUGGCUUUUUUGCUGUUCAGAUGCAGAAAAUCUAAUUUGAGCUGCUUGCCUGAACAAGACCUUAUAAACUUGAAGCGCUCAAGCAGACAGAUCGGAUCUGAGCAAAACAUCAGAAUAAUGUAAUGUGUACUGAAAUGUGAACGUAGCCUAAUUUCAGUUUUAAGAAGGUCACAUGUUUAUGAAUUGUUAUUUUUGUCUUACUCUAUGAAUUUAUUUAUAUUUUGAUAAAUAUCAUAAUUUCCCUGACAGUGGUGCAUAUGACUAUGAGCAGUGUAUGUAUGUGUGUGUAUAUAAUGGCUAUCAUGUUGAGCUGAAAGCAGAAAUCCUUUGUCUGGCUUCUACAUGUUGUCCUGUGGCCUUUCGUCAUUUUAAGGAAAUCAGCACGGACCUAACAGUUUCAGCUGCUGGACUGUAACACUACAUCAUUCACGUGAACCUCGCCAUGAUUGUGUAACAGUCUCCGAAGUGUUAACGUUAACGUAAAGUAUGUUUAAAACAUACUGGUAACCUUCUUUUAGAAACACAGUGCAGUUCAGCUGCCAGUUGCAGUAGUUUACAUUGACAAGUUAGUAUUAAAACCAGAGCGUAUAAUUAUUGAAUAUAAUAUUACGAUGCUUCCGUAUAGAUGCUGCCUAUAUUGUUGCGAAGUAACCUGCUUAUUCAUAUUAAGUAUAAACGACAUUUCCAGGAGCUGUUACAUUUUUACAGGCUUUUUUGUCUGAUAACACUAUUUUUUUCUUUCUUCAGGUUCAAAUGAACUGAAAGAUGUUUUUAUUUUUAUUAGCUGAAGAAAUUCAUCCAUCAGAUUUAUUAAAAGCUGUAUAUAUAUAGUUUUACAUGUUAAGCAUAUUUUUAAAGCCAUUGAUUAUUAAUGAUAUUUUUCAUAUGAACAAGGAAAUGCUUUAAACUUGCAAAGUGUUAUGAGUAAAUGUUGCUAGUGUUGGCUGUGGAAGAAGCUACAGUGCAAUGAGAGUACAGUGUUGAACAUCUGAACGUUUUCUUUUAUUCAGUUCAGUUCACUACAUCUCCUCUUCUGUCGUCUAUGCGUAUUUAUCAUUGCCUAUGUGCUGUAUGUCGCGUCCUAUCUGAAUAUCUGUUAACCUUUAGGCCUACACAAAUACAGAUUUUCAUCCAAACAUU